UGUGGACCUCCCCGCCAACUUCGACGUCGACACGAUGCUUCCGACAGACGGGCCGCAGGCUGCCAGGCUCAUGCUAGAGGACGCCGUGAAAACACGCAACACUAACCAUGGUUCAGGGAACUACUGUCCAACGCACGGUUUCGAUGCGUGUCCUUCUCAUUGGGGUAUCAAGAUUUGGACCUUCCGGUGGUUGAGGAUUCGGAGCGGCGCGCGGCGCUGAGGGAGACGCUGACGACGGUGCGGGUGGCGAUUGCGCGGAGGCGGCUGCUGUUGGCCCACCAGCACAAGAUCUUCCAGUACUUGGUUAACGACUUGCAGGACAUGCUUCCGGACCCUGCCGCCAGCGCGGAGUGGCAGCACGAUUGGCACCUGUUGCGGAUGGUGAACAAAGAGGACCUCGGCACCGUGCGGAGAUUUCUGCUAAACGAGGUUCUUCGCGACGACACAGAGACGACAGAAGACGGAGGCGAUCCGAAGAGCACCAACCACUCUAGCAAGCCGGCGAGUGUCGAAGUUCCAAAUCCGCUUACAGCGGCACCGGCAGGCGAGCCUUCAGCGAGGGGCGCGGUGGGAGAGUGAAGACCGCCCGCUUUGGAAGCCGUGUCGGAGGGACAAGGGGGGAUUAGCGGGAGCGAGGCAAAGGCCUUGAACUACCUGAUGCACGCGGACGGGUCCGCGGGAAGCGUCGGGAUCGACGCGCUCCGGCAGCGGAACUUCGUGAAGGAAGCGGUGGACGACGUGACGAGCUGCAUCCUGCCUUUUGGGGGGAAGGAUGCGAUUCAGCGCGCGCUCGGGGAAAAAGGUACGGAGCUGGUGAAGCACUUGCUCGGGUACGCGUCGGGGACCGGGGAAGCGGCUCUGCGCGGGUGUCCGGUCCACUUCCGGCGAAUGAGCUUACAACAGGCGGGCGAGAUCCUCAACGCAUUCUGCAGCGAGCGCCUUCGGUGGCUGUUCACGUGGGACCUGCUCCGGAGCCCGCCGGUGCACUUUGCGGUUAUGCAGACGUGGCUCGAGCGGCCGGAGAACGAGGGGCUUGGGGAGACGGUCCGGAGCAUGGCACUGGCGGCGCUACGGGUGCGCGCGUAUGCGCUUGGGAAGCACUACCGGGCAGCCAAGGCGCGCUUGUUGGACGGAAGGGAGGUGGAAGCUGGGCGGGAAAUGGCGCAUUUGGCACUGGCCGCUGCGGUUGCAACUGACGAGUUUGCGAACUGCAUCUACCGAGAGACGACCGAGUUCUGCGGGCGGAAGUACGCGGACGCGCUGCUCAGCGCACGGGCCACCUUCACGGACGAGCCGGCGCCGGACACGGUCCCGGUUGAUGCCAUCUGGAUUGAGAAAAUCUUGACGGAGGCGGAGGCGCGUUUCGCCGAGGUUCCGGAGGGGCAUCGGGGGUGGAUUCAGACGAACUACGACAUUUUGAAUGGACUGAAGCCUGAGCUCCAAGCAGCCAUUGAGGAGCUGAAUUUUGCCAAUCUCGUGAAGAAAAUCGACGAGGGGGCGGUGAAGUAUGGCACAGAAAGACGCUCCGAGGGCUGUGAGAGUGACCCAAGAUGGGUCGUCAAGUCGUGCUUGAAUGUGGCCGUCAUCAUGAAAUGGGUGAGGCGGAAGCUGAGCGAGACCGGGGGCCGCUUUUUCUACGGCGAGGAGUACCUUGAGCGUGUUCUCCUAGGGACGGAGAAUUUCGACGCCCAAACCAUAUUCUUGCAGCUGCGGGUGGCUUUCGGGGACAGACGGGCCGCGGUCACCAGUGAGCUGUGCGAACUGCUCGCGAGCGCACUGGAGGCCGCCGACGGCAUCCCGUGCCAACUCACGGAAGCAGCGGAACAGGCGGCAGCGGAACUGUUAAGCGCCGAGUCGGAGCUAAGUUCCGAAUUGGCGCCAGACGCGAAGGCCACGAAGAAAGGGAAAAAGAAAAAGAAAAAGGGUCAUUCGACGCACACACCGGGGCGUUUACCCGCCGCGGCUGGGGGAGUAUUAGCCGGGAAGGUCGACUUGAGCGGAGAUGACGUCAGCUCGCCCCGUCAGCUUGCCCCAGGGCCGUCACUGGCUCCCCCCGCCGACGGUGCCGACUCAUCAAGAGACACCAGUGACGGCAAACCCCGUAAUAAGCCCAGUUAUAAACCCGUUGAUGACCCGGGUGAUGAAUCGGGCGUCCGAAUGGCCGGGGAAUCAGAACCGUCCAGCCGCUCGGGAGGGGAUGUCGAGAUGGGCGGAGGAAUCGACCAGGGGAGAGGAGAGCGGCGACAGGGAGAUGCGGAGCAGGGGCCAGGAAGCGCCGGCAGUCGGACCCCGUCGGACCGUCCCAGCGUUGGCGCAAGAGGCAGAGGAGCAGUGGAGGCCGCUGACGUCAUCAGCGGUCACCAGGAGGUUCGAGGGGACUCCUCUCCUGCCUCAACGGAGACGGGUCCGGGAGCCGCCUCGUCUUCCUCUCCGACCCACUCCGUUAGGCCCCUGAUUACGAACCCGCCCAAUGCGCCACCCGCGGCAGCGAUCCCGGAGUCUCCGCUGGGCGAAACAAAGGCCCUACCGCCCGACUGCUGCAAGCCAAACGCCGGAGGCCGCUCCGACGUGGAAACGCUUUCGAAGAGCCACGUGGCAGCCGGUGAGAGGCCGCCGGGGCGCGGCAGGGGCGGAACUCUGGGCGGCCAGGAUUCGAAGGCCGGGAGCUCUUCGGCACCUGCGACAGAAUCUGUGACUGCGGCAAUUGGGCGCCAGGAUAUCCAGCUAGGCCCCACCACAACCCUACUGGCCGUUUCUACCGUCCCGGCCCUCACUCCCAAGGAUCAGGCCGACCCUUCUGGCGAACCCCAAUCUGCUGAAAGCGGACCGCGCGUAGUUCAGACGGUGCGGAAUGUAAUGGGCAAACGCAAAAGCAAUCGCGAAGAAAAGCUGUCGGGGGCCCUUCCAGGGCAGACGAAGCCGGCGGUGAUUCCUUCAGGCAACGGGGCCACUCUCAUCUCCCGAGCAACAGCUGCGUCGCUGUCUCAGGGGUCUGGAGACCUGCAAGCAAAUCCUUAUCCUUACCCAAACACGAACCCUAACCUCAACCCUAUCACUAACCCUCAGCAUUCCCCGCUUACCAGUGAAGCCUCCCGUAAGCCCCGGGCGCCGUACAACCCCCUCGCCCGAGCGAGGCCCCUUACCCCGGCGGUUCCCACCGGGCACUCUUUGUUUCCCGAGGCAAGCGCCGUCCCGGCCACCCCGCCAAGAGGCAGAACUUCGUCGGUGGAUCAACCGACUGCCAAAAACCCUGAGCCCUCGACAAGUGGAAUGGACGUGACAUCAGUGGAAGCGUCCGCAGACGUCACCCAUGACGUGCCCCGCCUAAUGACAGGUGUUCAUUCGGAGGCUGCCGGCCCAGGCGCACAGCGGUCGCCGGAGCCUGAGUCGUUCUCCCCUGAGCUGCCUUCGAUACUGGCGAUGCUCCUACCGGUAGAAGGUGCUAGUCAAAACGUACCCCCUCCGAAUUCAAUUGCGUUCUCCAAUGUGUAUAAAUUUGAGGGCCACCGACCAAACCCCGGAUCAGACUCGACCGGAUCAAGCCACUCGGCUCAUGCUGAUUGGGUUGAAACCCUCGAGAGUGGGCCCGAUACCUGGGGCGAGUCGGCGUCGGUUCAAACAAAGAGUUACAUUGCAUCAGAUAGGGCAGUAGGACGGAAGAAGACGAAAAAUCAUAGCGGCCCGGAUAAGCAGAACGGACAGGGGAGCGACGUUUGUUGCAUCUGCUUUGACAGCCCAAAGAACGGGGCAAUCGUGCCGUGCGGCCAUUGCUUGUGCUACGAGUGUGGCACUUUGAUCAAGGAAAAGAGAGCGGAGUGUCCGUUCUGCAACACCAAGAUCGAGAGCAUCUUUAGAUUAUUCCUCUGA